AUCAUCAUGUCUUCCGCUCUCAGAAUUGCCCGCGCUGCCCGCCCUCUCGUCGCCAACCCUCAGGUUGCCCGCUUCUCGAUCGCUUCUCGCAGAAUGGCUGCUGGUGACGCCGGCUCUCCCAGGUCCGGUGGUGCUGCUUCCGGUGACGCUUUCUCCCGCCGCGAGGAGGCUGCCGAGAACCUCUACGUCAAGAGACAGGAGGCCGAGAAGCUCGAGGCCUUGAGACAGAAGGUCAAGGCCGGUGAGGCCCAGCUGGCCAAGGACAAGGCCGACCUUGAGAAGCACGACAAGAAGUAAACUAGAUGCAUUGGACAUCUAUGACCAGAAUCGCUACGAAUUCAUGCAAGUCCCAUCACGCUUGACGGAGGAUCCCACUUUGCCCUUCCUUGUACUAUAAACACUUAAUCCAUCAAUGCGCGAUCAACAAUUACCCUCACAAUGUUUCACUUCCUUCGUAGCUUCCUCAUUCUCGGAACAUUCGGCAAAUUCUGUCAGCUCUUCCAUGCGACAAAGUAUAAGAGCUGCGGUGUUGCUCAGGUCACGCAGCUGCCCAUGCCAGAUUAUCAGGCUGGACUCUGGAGCAUCAUGCAUGGUAUGCUAUGUGCACGGACCAGGUCGUUGAACCUCUACGCUGCGCUCUCCGAGAUGGAUCCUAGCGCUCGACUAGCAGUAUACCACGUCUCGAAAACACACACGUUCAGCAUGCCUCUUAUCGAGCCACCGAUGCCUCCGCUUGAGACCAUCUUCAAAAGCUUCGCUGGCACUUGGAAGCUUUGUCGCUCACUCACCAGUGCCUUGCCCGGCUUUCCCUCUGGCACAUUCACCGGUACUGCCACAUUCAAGCCCCACAACGCCUUCGGCGCAUCGUCCUUGCUAUAUCACGAGACCGGCGAGCUUGUCACUGAGCAAGGCUACAAGUUGUUGGCCAACCGCAAAUACAUAUACCGCUUCAGUCCCGAUGACGAGAAGAUCUCUAUUUGGUUCGUCAAGGAGCCUGCACCUGAAGGAGGCGAGGAGGUCGACUAUCUGUUCCAUGAGCUGGAGUUUUCUCUUCUCGAAGAGCGAUGGAUUGCCAAAGGAGACCACCUCUGUGAAAAAGACAUGUAUUGGGCCUUCUACGACUUCAGAAUGGAAGACAGCAUGAAGAAGUGGGGUUUGAGAUACAAAGUCAAAGGACCUCAAAAAGACUACCUCAGCGAUUCUGCAUACGAACGUAUCGCCUGAUGAAACCAUCCUUGCGCUAGUAUAUGCGUUGGAUCAUGUUGUGCCACUCCAGCAUGAAUCUCUCUCGUAAAAGCCUGCGGUAAACCGGCUAGUCACAAUCGUGGUACAUAACACAUGG